AUGUUGGUUAAUAAGAGAAUAGGGAAGUUGUUAAAGAUUACACUGGUUAUUCUGGGUGUUCUAGGUGUAUAUGCACUAAUUGAAUCUGUGCGCAGUGGGAACGAUUAUUCCAAUCUCAGUGUAUCACAAUACAGGGAUUAUUUAAAGAAUCACAUUGACACAUUAAGUUCUUCAGCAGAUUCUGAUGGUCAUAAUAAAGAGGAGAAGGUAAAGGAUGAACGUUUGCUGAAAUUCUAUAGCAGCGUCUUUCAAAGUAUCAUAGAUCAUUCGCCGACUGGGAAAUGUCGUCGUGUAUAUAAAGAUAGUUGUAAACUAUCCAGUGAUGUUGGUAAUCGACCAGACGACUACAAAAAUUGGUUCAAAUUGUCUUUCGCUGAGUUAAUCGAUUGUCUAGAGUUAGAUUCUGGGGAGAUUGAAAACUUAUCUAAAUCUCAUGCAAGUUUUAUUGAACAAUUAAAUAAAUUAGUGCUACCUAAGGAUUCUUACAAAAAUGAUGGGAUUGUUACGGUUGGUGGUGGUAAGUUCUCUCUGAUGGCAUUUUUGGUGAUUCGAACUCUACGGAAUUUGGGUACAACACUACCCGUGGAAGUCUUCAUCCCACCAAAUGAUGAAGGAGAGACAGAAUUUUGUAAUAAAUUAUUACCAAAAUACAAUGCUAAAUGUGUUUAUAUUAGUGAUAUUUUACCUCAAGAAAUGAUUAAUAAUUUUGAAUUUAAAGGGUACCAAUUCAAAUCAAUUGCUAUUAUUGCUUCCAGUUUUGAAAAUUUAUUAUUAUUAGAUGCUGAUAAUUUCCCAAUUAAACCAUUGGAUGAUAUCUUUGAAGCAGAACCAUAUAAAAGUACUGGCCUAGUAAUGUGGCCAGAUUUCUGGAGACGUACCACUCAGCCAUUAUAUUACCAAAUUGCUGGUAGAACAAUUGAUUUUAAGACAAGAAUACGUAACUCUAUUGAUGAUUUAACUCCACCUCACGUAUAUACCAAAAAUUUACAAGAUUUGAAGGAUGUUCCAUUCCACGAUUUCCUUGGUACAAUACCUGAUGUAUCUACAGAGUCUGGUCAAUUAUUAAUCAAUAAAUCCAAACAUUUAGCUACGGUAUUAUUGGCUUUAUACUAUAAUGUUAAUGGUCCCACAUGGUAUUAUCCUAUCUUUUCUCAAAAAGCUGCAGGUGAAGGUGAUAAAGAGACAUUUAUUGCUGCUGCAAAUUUUUAUGAUUUACCAUUUUAUCAAGUGAAGACCAAUGUUGGUGUAGACGGAUAUCAUCAACCAAAUGAUAAGGGUUAUCGUGGUGUUGCUAUGUUACAACAUGAUUUUAUCCAAGAUUAUGGGAAAUAUGUUAAAGCUCGCACAGAUAUAUCUAAUAAAUAUGCCAAAGCUGGAUUAGCAUAUGAUCCUGAAUAUAGUGUUGAAUCAUUUUACAAAGAAUAUUUUGAAGAUGGUCAAAAACAAACAGAAGUGGAUGUCAUGUUCAUUCAUUCCAAUCUACCGAAAUUUGAUCCAUAUACGUUAUGGACGGAUGAGGAUCUUAUUGUCGAUGGGAAACAUAUUCGUUCAUUUACUAAUUUACGUAGAUUAAAGAACUAUGACAUUGAAUUAGAAAAUUUCAAGGUCUUUAAAGAAGUCUUAUGUGGAGUGUCAAAAGUACCUUUAUUCAAAUAUUUAGAAGAUAAGAUGAAUGCGAAUGAUUUCAAAAGCAUGUGUCAGUAUAUUGAUAACAGACUUGAUUUCUUAGAAGAAUCACAUGCAUCUGCAAUUUCCAGUGAUUGA